AUGCAAGGGCCGCUGACGUGGGUCGCGAGCAAGGUGCUGUCGCUCGUGCUUCCUGUAGACACCUCUGCUCGUCCACGAUCGACUCAGGAUGAAUUCCAGCCGAAAGAUCCGCUGGAUUCCCAUGACUGGCGGAAUCGGGAUGACGCGCGGCGGACCUUACGCGGCCGUGUUGCUCAUUCCGAGUUCCAGGCUCGCUACUUGCCGCCACUAUUACAUCGGCCGCGGAGCAGUGCAGAAGCGCAGCAGUUGUACAACCAUAUCCGUACCGUCGCAUGGUAUCUCGACUCGAUUCCGCUCCUCGGCUCGCGCUUGCCUUUCAACAUUGGCGUCGAGUCGAUCGUUGGAAUCAUACCUGGCGUCGGUGACUACGUCGGGCUGAUUCUGGGGUUGUAUCAGAUCCUGCUCUGUGCGCUAUACCGUCUGCCACUUACAGUUUUGCUUUGGAUGCUCUUCAAUGUCCUCUUAGACUGCAUGAUUGGAAUCGUGCCCGUCAUCGGAGAUGCGCUCGAUGUUCUGUUCAAGGCGAACCUGCGCAAUCUGCGCCUGCUCGAAGAUCAUCUGCAUAGCUCAGGAGGCAAAUGCGGUGAGGGCAUAUUUUACAUCGAGUUCCCACCCAGCGACAAGUUCAUGCCGCCGCACCAUCCGUAUCGCUCGCCUCAGCCUCCUUCCUCUCAUCAGCACUCCGCGGCGUAUGUGGAGACCAGCAACAUUAGUCAACCGAACAACAAACAUGCAAGGAGCUACUUUCUCAGCCUUCCAUCGUCUGUCGCGGAAAACGCAAAGACCUCAUCUGCCAGCGCCACCCGAGCCGACAUCCUUGACCACACCGCAGGAAUCACGGAUCCGGGCACGACUCAGGAUGCGGGCCAAAAGUCAUCUCGAAUUGAAACCCGCGGGCUGUCUGAAACGGAGGCAUACACCAUUCCGGAAGUGCCGAGCAUGGGCACAACGAACCAGGCCCAGCACCAAGGAGAUCGACAGCAUACUUUCCGACCCGUGUCGACGACGAUGCACGAACAACACGGCCUCGCUGAUGAUAUGACACGACAGCAUCGCCAACACUCUCGUGGAUUUAUGGCCUUGGAGGCGUCUCCAUCGACCGAAGUAGAUCCCUACGAACCGAAUGAUAGACCGAUGCAGCAAGGAUCGGAUCGUCCGGUGCAGCUGGCGGAAGAACGACCGCGCGUCUCUUGGCACGAUACAACACGGUCGAUUCCGUCGCUACCGAUGAAGCCUGAUCCCAAGAGAGCACGUCACAAUCAUAUCGAUGAGACGGAGGAAGGCGUCGACGACGAUUUCGAGAAUCAACGUUUGCUGAAAAGCUUCCCAUCGGAGAGUGAUCGAGAGAUGGAGCAACCACGAGAUCUAUGGCGAAGACGCCGGAGCUUGUACCUGCUGGUGUACUCGGCGAUCUUCUGCGUCGCCUACGUCAGCUCUCUGGACUCGAACACGGGAUACUUGUAUCUCAACUUUGCGUGCAGUGAGUACGGAGCGCUGGCAUCGUUCAGCACCGUGGCAAUCGUGCAGCAAAUGGUGUUUGCAGUGGCCAAGCCGCCAAUCGCCAAGCUGUCCGACGUGGUUGGGCGACCUCAGGCGUACGUGCUGUCACUGGUGUUCUACGUGUGCGGAUACAUUGUAGUGUCGACGACAGCCUCGCUGCGAUCGCUGAUUGGAGGCAUCUGCUUGCAGUCGGCGGGCACCACGGGAAUCCAAGUGCUACAGUCGAUCAUCAUCGCUGACACGACGACGGCCAAGUGGCGCGGGCUUGUGAUUGGGAUCGUCAACCUGCCCUUCCUGAUCAACUUUGCGGUCGCAGGACCGAUGGUGGACCUGGUCAUGCGUCACGGCGGAUGGCGGCUUGGGUUCGCCAUCUGGACGGUGGUAAUGCCUUUGGCAGCAACGCCGUUGCUUCUGACGCUUCUGGUGGGACAACGUCGGGCUCGACGGGCCGGAUUGAUGACGAGAAGCUCGCUCAGGGACAAGUCGUGGCGGCAGGCGCUGCGUCAGCUGGCGACAGAUCUCGACCUGGUGGGACUUCUGCUGUUCACGGGAGGCUGGUUGCUCAUCCUGUUGCCGUUGACAUUGGCAGGGCACGGCGAGCGUCAGGAACACGUACCCAUGACGACGUUUGUGCUCGGUGGAGCUGGGCUGCUGGUGGCGUUUGGAUGGUGGGAGACGCGCGCCUCGGUGCCCAUCUUGCCGUACCAGUUCUUGGCCAACAGCGCGGUGGUGUGCACGUGUGUGGUGGGGGUGCUCGACUUUGCGUCGUUCUACAUCUCGUGGACGUUCCUGUCAAGCUUUGUGCAGAUCCUCAAGGGGUGGGACCAGACCAAGACGGGCUACUUUGCGACGACGCAGAACGUGACGUCGACCAUAACGGGCAUCGUGGUUGGGUCGCUGAUGGCCAUGACGCGGAGGUACAAGAUGCUGCUGAUGAUCGGACUGGUGACGCGGCUGCUGGGCGUGACGCUGAUGGUGCGUUACAGGACGGCGACGGACCCGACGUUCAUGUUGGUUCUGUGUCAGCUUCUGCAAGGUGUCGGCGGCGGGUCGAUCGCGAUUACGAUGCAAGUAGCGGUGCAGGUGACGGUGCGGCAUGCAGAUGUGGCGAUUGUGACGGCCUUGGAGCUGCUGACGACGGAAAUCGGAGCAGCGAUCGGAUCUGCGACGGCGGGUUGGAUGUUUCAGACCUACCUCCCGGGCAAGCUGGCUGCCAAUCUGCCGCACAUGGACGCUGACGAGCUCAAGCUGGUGUACGGCAGCCUUCAGCAAGCGCUGAGCUACCCGAUCGGAUCCGCGGAACGCGAUGGGAUCAUCAGGUCGUGGGUGGAAGUGAUGCGGAUGCUGAGCGUGGUUGCGUUGAUCACGCUGGUGCCGGCCUUCUUCUUUGGACUGGCGAUCCCGGACACGUCGCUGCCCGAUGUUCACGGCGCUCCUGUGCACAGCCAUCACCAUCAUCACCACCACCAUCGUGGCUCGCGUCGGGGCGACCGACGAAGCUCACGACGACGGCCUUCCUUCCUGUCUACAAGCAGGCCAGCGUCGCCUCUCGAGAUCCGGGCGGGAUACUCGGACAUCACUCUUGGCAUGGGGCUCGGUGUCGCGGCCACCGAGGACAAUGCCAACGCAGCAUUCCUCGCCACCGCUGGAUCUAAGCGGAGUCGCUCAGCGUCCCGAAAUCGCAGCGGCGAGCAAGCGAUUCGGGAGCCGUCGAGCAUGGGACGCAAGAAACGUAGAUCGCGCCCAGCUGCAAUAGGCUGA